AUACAAGAGGUUUUACUGAUUUAAUAAAUGUCUUGAUGAGGUAGUUUUAACAGAAUCGGAUUAAGUUACCAUCGGACAUCCGAAGAUGACACCUUCACCGAACAUAAUCUUUACUGUUGGACAAAGCCAACUAGAUUGGAUUCAGAGGCACCGUUUAAGGGGUGUUUAUAUGGACACUUUAGAGAACUAUUGUUCGCAUUUUGGACCUGCCUAUGUCCCAAAGCCUUUUACAACAAAUGACAGAAGUACCAAAGGCUACUGAGGAGGUUGGAGUUCAGAGGUCGCGGCCAAUGGCUGCUCCAAGCUUGGCUGCCCUGAACGACUCGCAGACGAGGGAGCUGGGGCCCUGGAGUAACGGGACCGGCGGGCAGUGGAGGCAUCCCUACAAUUACUACGCGGCCUUGCUCAGCCUCCUGAUCGUCGUGGUGGUGUUUGGCAAUGUGCUGGUGUGCAUGGCAGUGUCCAGGGAGAGGGCACUGCAGACCACCACCAACUACCUCAUCGUCAGCCUGGCUGUGGCAGACCUGUUGGUGGCAAUGCUGGUGAUGCCCUGGGUCGUCUAUCUGGAGGUGGUCGGCGAGUGGCGUUUCAGCUGGGUUCACUGUGACAUCUUUGUGACACUGGACGUGAUGUUGUGUACUGCCAGCAUCCUCAACCUGUGUGCCAUCAGCAUCGACAGAUACACAGCGGUUGCCAUGCCAAUGCUAUACAAUACCCACUACAGCUCCAAGCGGAGAGUCACAUUGAUGAUAACCAUGGUUUGGGUGCUGUCCUUCGCCAUCUCAUGCCCACUGCUGUUCGGGCUAAAAAACCACCCCGAUAAAAGGGACGAGACCAUCUGUGCCAUCAUGAACCCUUCUUUCGUCUUAUAUUCCUCUAUUGUCUCCUUCUACGUUCCCUUCAUCGUCACGCUGUUGGUUUACGUCCAGAUCUAUGCCAUGCUGAGACGGAGGAGGAAGCGGGUGGCAGCUAAGAGGAUCAGCGUUGCCAUGGAGCAUGAAGUCCCACCACCCAUAAAGAGUAAGUGCACACACCCAGAAGAUGUCCAACUUUGCACUUUAAUGGUCCAAUCAAAUGGGAGCACCAGUGUGAGUAAAAAGAAAUUGACACUGGUACGAGAAGCAAUCCCUUGCUCUGAAGAAUCUGAGGGGGUCCUCUUUGUGGGGUCACCCGAGAGGUCAAGGCCAACAGGAAGUCCGCUGGCUUUCCAGCUCGGGACCACUUCCGGCUCCUGCCUGAUGGCCGGUAAAUGGAAGGCCCCUUCCUCCAUCAAGGUAUCCGCGGACCCCGAGUGCGAUGGCCAAGCAAGGUUCUUCAGGCGGAGUGCUUUUGAGGUGCGGAGGGUGUCGGACGAGAAACAUGUGCCAGUGGCCAAAUCAGCCGCGAAAGGCAAACUGUUCCACCAGAAGGAGAAGAAAGCAACACAGAUGUUGGCGAUUGUCUUGGGCGUCUUCAUCAUCUGCUGGCUGCCGUUUUUCAUCACUCACAUCCUGAACGUCCACUGCCAGAGGUGCUACAUCCCGCCAGCGCUCUACAGCGCCUGCACCUGGCUGGGCUACGUCAACAGCGCCAUCAACCCCAUCAUCUACACGACCUUCAACGUGGAGUUCCGCAAAGCCUUCAUGAAGAUCUUGCAUUGCUGACUCUGGAACAGGGACCGACUCUGGAACAGGAACUGUGCAAUUGAGAGCCAAGGGACCAGACCAUGAAAUUUGCAACUGUCUGAUGUCUCCACACGAGAGACAGGGGCUUUUAAGGAUCCCAGACUAUAAACACCUCGUCUCUGCUGUCUUCACCACACCCUAACAGGAAGCCAGAAUGAUCACUUCCUGCCCAAGACGGAGGAACAUGAGAGUACUACACACUGGCACCUUCUGAAAGUGACAAUAAAAGGAUGAGUGCUCACAUCACAAUGUUAUGUAGUUUACGUACAGUCUCUACACCUAAACACCUUCCAUCGCCACCUACUCUGAGUUUAGUUGUUGCGUUCCUUACUGAAGUUCCCAUU